CGAGCCCAACGUCAAAGCCCCGCCCAACACCUCCACGCGACCUCUUCCAACAACUACAUCAUGGCGGACGCCCAGAAAGAUGCCUCGUUCAAGGCGGUGCAAAUCGACGCUCUGGUCGCAAUCAAGAUUGCUACCGCGAGCGGCAAAUCCUUCCCGUCCCUCGCAACCGGCAGUAUCGUCGGCAUGGAGAAGAAUGGGGUGCUAGAGAUCACCAACUCUUUUCCUUUCCCCGAGGUGUCCCAUGUACCGACAGAAGACACUCGCCAAAACGAAUCUGCGGCAAAUCUCGCUGCAUCGGCUCCUCGCGCUAAGCAAAACAUCGCCUACGGCAACGAGAUGAUCAAGUUCCUGCGAGAAGUCAACGUGGACGCGAACAACGUUGGCUGGUACACAAGCACAAGCAUGGGCAACUUCAUCAACCUGAACACCAUCGAGAACCAGUACUUCUAUCAGAGCCAGCCCAACGAAAAGACGGUAGCUCUCAUCUACGAUGUGAGCAGGAGUUCUCAGGGUACCCUGAACUUGCGCGCGUACAGGCUGUCGCCCUCGUUCAUCACAGCCUACAAGGAGGGCAAGUUCACAACCGAGAGCCUUCAAAAGAGCGGACUCCGGUACCACGAUAUCCUUAUCGAGCUUCCUGUGACUAUUCGCAACUCACACCUCCUCACUUCUCUCCUCCACCAAUUACCCUCAGAAGCGCCGAAGGAGGAGCUCUCCUUCCCACCAAACCUAGCUGCCCUGCAGCAGGACCCGAACACACCGCAACCCCCUCUCUUCCCGAAUUACGAUGCGCUCGACCUCUCCAUCGACCCCUUCCUUGAAAAAACAUGCGAUCUAUUGCUUGAGAGUAUCGAGAACCAUCAUACGGAGAUCAACAACUACCAAUACUACCAGCGUUCGCUUGCACGUGAACAAGCUAAGAUCACCGCUUGGCAACAAAAGCGUAAAGCUGAGAAUGCGGCACGCACAGCAUCAAAGCAGCCGCUUCUUCCGGAAGAUGAGUGGCAGAGGCUGUUCAAGCUGCCACAGGAGCCCAGCAGACUAGAGACGCUCCUCAACUCAAGGCAGGUUGAACAGUACUCGAGGCAGGUGGAUGGUUUCACAGCAGGCGUCACUUCCAAGAUGUUUGCUGUGAAGAGCAACUUGCUGCCCGGAGAGUAAGGUUAGAUAGGAUUUGUGUUUUCAUGAUUAUGCUUCUCUUCGUCAAGGCAUGGGCACGGCGUUGGGGGUUCGCAGGUUCCACUUGCACUGGGGCUGAGGUAUGGCUUUCGUAGAUGGCAGGAACGAGGCGAUGGAACGAGGCGAUGGAACGUUCGCAGGCAUUUUAGCGCUUGCCUCUGUGCCAGGUGAGAUAGAGGCUCCAAAGAGAUGCUAUAUAGGAGCACUGAAGUUCAAACGCUGCUCGGCCGGCCGGCUGAACUCUUUGGUCCCUUCCAAGCGACGAAGGGAUUAUCGCCACUGGAGUGCUGAAUCAGACAAAGAAGUAAUCAACACGCUUUUGCGACAU